AAACUGUGAACCCUCCCUCCUUAUAUUCUAACCUCCUUGGAAAUUUCAUAAUCUGUGUUUUUCAAAGUUAGAAAAUAAUAGAUGGCAUCAUUAUAUUCGCGUCUGUUGUUUUUCUUUAAGCAGCGUGAAUGUUAUUAGUAAUAUUGUUGUAGUCGGUAGUCUGAUGCGACGUAUUAGAAAUAAUUAUGUGUAAAUACUGGAGGAUACCUUCGUGUAGAUAGUAUUUUUGUAUAUGUGAUUUCUUUUAGUUUUCUGAAUAUAAGUUAUAAGAUCUGAAGAUAAUGGAAAAUGAAAAUAUAUUGCCUCCAUGUAAAAGACAGAAGAAAGAAAUAAGUGCCAAUUCUUCAGGAUCUGUUUUAAGUGUUUAUGAUGCACACUGUAAAGUUGAAACUUCUGAUUCAUCCUUUGAAAUUAAUAAAGAUAGCUGCAAUUCAAAUUCUAGGUUGAACUUUGACAAUGAAGAGACUGAACUAGAAAAUAAUGAUUCUAAUUAUUUUAGAUGUUAUGCUGAUCUGUCAAUUCAUAGAGUUAUGAUUGGGGACUAUACUAGAACUCAAACAUAUCGAAAAGCUAUUCUUACCAAUUAUAAGUUAUUUCACCAGAAAGUUGUUCUUGACGUUGGUGCCGGCACAGGUAUAUUGAGUCUGUUUUGUGCUCAAGCUGGUGCCAAAAAAGUGUAUGCCAUUGAAGCAAGUUCCAUUGCAACAGAAGCUCAGAAAGUUGUUGCUACAAAUGGAUAUGCUGAUCGAAUAAUUGUUAUGCAAGAAAAAAUGGAGGAUGCUAAUUUGCCUGAAAAAGUUGAUAUUAUUGUGAGUGAAUGGAUGGGUUAUAUGCUAAUGUACGAGUCAAUGCUCCCUUCUCUAUUGUAUGCUCGUGACCGGUGGUUGAAACAGGGUGGGCAUUUGUUUCCUGAAGAAGUUCGUAUUUAUAUAGCUCCUAUAUCUGAUUAUCAGGAAUAUGAAUAUAGUGUAGAAUUUUGGCAUAAAGUGGAAGAUGCUUACAAAGUAGAUAUGAGUGCUCUUGCAAAAACUGCUGCUGAACAAAUGCAAGGUUAGUUAUUUUGAAUUUCUAUAUUCAAUCAAAAUUAUUAGAAUGUAUGGUAC